AUGAAGUCGAAAAAGCUCAGCGGUCCUUUGUCCGUUAGUGAGUCAGGCGUCGUUGGAGGCUACAGGGACGGACUCGGAUUCAGAUGCGCCCUUAUCAAAUCAUCCAACGCAAGUCCCGGCGCCUGGAUCAUCGCAGGAUCAGGGUGUAUAAAAGGUCCAGAGGUCAGUACAGACUUAGCAGCCCUGAUAUCUGAGUUUGUACUUAAGGGAAUUGAUAAAGAAUCUCGCAAAGCUACUCUGUAAUAUUAUCCCUGUUUGGUAAACUGUCCAGCCCUUCAGCCUCCAGUGAUUAAC